UUUUAACGAUAAAUUUCCCUUUUUUAUAACACGCCUUCAACUUUUACAGUUUUUUACGCCUGCCUUCAGCAUUUCAAAAUCUUUUUUAACCUAUCACCCGACGUUGAAGUUUUUAACCUGACAUGGUAAACCCACGCCGUUUUCAAAAAUUUCACUUAAAUCUUUAAUCCAAAAUUAUAUUUUUAAUCAUCGGUUCGUCGUAGUUUUUGUAAGAGAAGUUUUUCCACAUGAUCAUUUUUUCACGUGUUCAUCAUUCUUAGUUUUUGACGUCGUACCUGAAGACGCUUUUAGAAAAAGCGAAACAUUGUUGUACCGAAAUUAGAAAAAAAUAAUAAAUAAUCAUCGUGGACUUAUUCUUUUUUAUCCUAUUAAUACUCACCAUGAUGAACCUGGAGGCUACAAUUGCCAAUCUAAAUUAUAUAGUUGAUAACAAUCUAACCCAUUCAUUUCGUAAUAUCUACAUUUCUCUACGGAUUUUGUUAACAAUUUCAGUCUCAGUUGCUACAGCUACUAAUUCAAAUCGAGGUACUUAUUUGGCAUAACAAUAAACCCGUUUUCUGCACAACAUCGAGAAUCUCCAAAACGAAAAGGAUCGGGCCAACUUCGAUGAAGAAGUUGCCCUUGAAAUUUUUUUAGUGACGUGAUUAUAUAUAACCUAAAGAGAUUGAAGAUGUUAUACAUAUUGGCAAACGCGAUUGUGAAGAUGAAUUUCUUGUUUGUUGCAAUAUUUUUAUUUACUCCAAAUUCAAUAGAAUCCAUGUCGAAUAAUAAAGAAAAACCGAACAAGUGUGAUGAUUUCAAUAACAUUAACAAUCUCCUUUCUAUAAUGGACACUAAUAUAAGAAAUUUACAAGAAAAAGUACAAGUUUGUGAUACUGUUCAGUCACAGGUUUCAUCUUUGCAUUCUCAACUAUCAAUUCUCGAUAGAAAAUUAGGUAUUAUAAGCAAAUCUCAAGCUAAAAUGAACGAUUUAGAAACAAAAUUAAAUCUAAUUCCAACGAUGUUUGAUGAAAUGUCCACGAAAAUCAUUAAUGAAUUAAAACAUUCCUUUAAUGAUAAAUUUAGCGACAAAAAUCAAGGUGAAGUUUUAGAGAAAGUUUUAAGUAAAAUAAACCAAAUCGAAAUUAAUGUAGAAGAUUUAAAAGUUUCGUGUGAUAAAUCCGACAUCAAAAACGUUCUCAAUGAAAACUUUAAAUCACAAAAUUUAAACAUAGAAAAUCUAAUGGAAAACUGUACUAAGCCCAAAGAAGCCGAUAAAAUUGCAAUCGUAUUAAUCGAAAACACUCGAGAUGAAUUAAAAAAUUUAGAUUACAAACUAAAUCGGGUUCCAGUCCAUCUCGAUGAAAUUUUCAUAAAGAUAAAUGUGUUAGAAAAAUCAACUAAUCAAAUUAAUAAUAAACUAGAAGAAAAACAUCAAGAUGAACUUUUAGAAAACGUUUUAAGUAAAAUAAACAAUGUCGAAAAUACCACAGAAAAUUUAAAAGAAAAUUUUAAAUCGCAAAAUGAAAAUAUCGAAAAACUGAUUAAAAAAUGCAACAAACCAGACGAAACGAACACAAACAUAAUAAUCGAUGAAGAAUCUUUGACUUUAUCAAAUUCUUUCGAUUACACAUUUUGCACCUCUGUCAAAAACCAAUCUGGUAUAUUCAAAUUUCACACAAAUUUAAUUAAUUUAAAGGAAGAAACGAGAGAUUAUGGAGUGAGAUCGUGCGAACAGGGUUGGAUGGUGAUCCAAAACAGAAAUUUAUUCGAAUACCAGGAAAAUUUCAAUAAAUCUUGGUACCAAUAUAAACAUGGUUUUGGCGAUUUACGGAGAGAAUUUUGGUUCGGAAACGAUUAUCUUCACCGAUUAUCGAAUCAAAACGACCUAAUAUUACGAAUUGAAUUGGAAAGUUAUGAUAACGAAAAAAAAUGGGCUGAAUAUGAAUCAUUUAAAGUUGCAAGUGAAUAUGAAAAUUAUCGAUUAACACUCGGACGUUUUAGUGGGUCGCUCUCAAAUGAUCUCCUCUAUCAUAAUAACAUAAAAUUUAGUACUUAUGAUAAAGAUAAUGAUAAUAGCCCCUAUCUUGCUUGUGCUGUUGGUUAUGGAAACGGAUGGUGGUUCGAUAAGUGUUUCUAUGCGAAUUUAAACGGAUUUCCUUAUAAAAACUUUACAAAUGAUAAUACGGGAAUUAUUUGGUUUUCCUGGUUAAAAUAUGAACCUUUAAAAGCUGCUAAAAUGAUGAUAAAACCUAAACAACAUUUGAAACGAUUCCAAGAUUUAUCCUAUAAACGAUAUAAUGAGUUGUAAAAAAUAAAAAUAAUUUGAUAAUAAAUAAAAAAUGAAUACAUGUAAUGUAGGAUUAGAUUGUCAAAUUAAAAAACACCUGUUUUAAUAGUAACAAACUAAAGUAUUUAUUAAUGUAAAGUGACAAACUAUUAAAGAUUUAGUCUUUAAACAUA